ACCCAAAGCCCAAUCACUUAAAUUAGGGUUUCCGUUUUCCCUUCGUUCACUGUCUUCUCUCUCUCGUCGUCUCCCUCACUCCGCUAUACUCUCCGUGUUCUAAUUUUCUUCUCUAGUUCAGAGUCAUUGCCUUCUUCAACUUCAUCUCCCUCUUCAGAUUCUGUCACUCGAUUCAGCUCACUGCUUCCUAGCUUUUGUAAAUGGGUGUACAAGGAUUGGCCUUUCUUAAGGCCAAUGACGACAACGAAGUUGAUUUUGACGAUGAAGUUUCUGAAUCUGAAUCUGGGUCUGAGUUUGAAUCGGAAUCAGAAGAUGAAGAUGGAGAUGUAAAAUUGGUGGAACCAUCGAAGACUGCCAUUUACAACACAGAUGGAAUGCUCGAUAAACUUGGAGACAUUAGGUGGCCAGACAAUGUGGAGUGGAUACACAAGCUUUCUGUUAAUAUUGAUCAACAGCAAGUGGUGGAUGUGAAUGAUGACCUGACCAGGGAGCUUGCCUUCUACAAUCAAGCUCUGGAGGGAACAAAACAAGCAUUCGAGAAGCUUCAGUCAAUGGGGAUUCCUUUUCUCAGGCCCCCUGAUUAUUAUGCGGAGAUGGUGAAGACAGACUCUCACAUGGAGAAAGUUAAGGGUAGGCUAUUGGAGGAGAAGAAGAAUAUUGAGGAGGCUGAGGAGAGAAGGAAAGCCAGAGAGUCGAAGAAAUUGGCUAAAGAGGUCCAAGCCCAGAAGAUGAAAGAGAGGGCUAAGCAGAAAAAAGAUGACAUUGAAUCUGUUAAGAAGUGGAGGAAGCAGAGGCAGCAGAGCGGGUUUCCUGAAGGUGGUGAAAAGGAUGGUGAGUUGGACUUGUCCUUUGAGGAUGGAAAAACAUUCCAGAGAUCAAACAAGAAGCGACCAGGUGUGCGUCCUGGAGAUCGAUCCGGAGGGAAACAAAGAGAAGGUCGAGUUGGAGGUGGACAGGGAAAGCAACAGAAGAAGAAGAGGGAGUUUAAGGAUUCCAAAUUUGGAUACGGAGGCAGGAAAUCUUUGAAGAAGCAGAACACAGCUGAAACCACCAACGAUUUCCGUGAUUUCAAGAAAGGAGGGAAUGCCACUGGAAACAAGAAAAGGAAGAGGUGAGCGAGACAACUUCUUCUGUUGUUGAUUUAUCAGUCUUUUAGAGUUGAAACAAAACCAGUUUUUGAGUUAAUUUAUGUAAUUUUUUUUUUCUUUUCCUGAAAGUAUACUUGCUGCAAGAGCAACUGUUUUGUUGGUUUCUGUUGCUCUAAUAGUUUUGUGACCUUGAGCUAUACUGAUGUUGUGAUUCCUGUUGCUAGUGUAACUUUCAAUAUUUUAUGCCAAAAAUUUAUAGGUUUUAAUCAAA